AAAAGAGAAAAAAAAGGGAGAAAAAAAAAACGGCGAAAAGAUUCGAUCUGAAGACAGUUGGAUAUAGAGAGAAACAGAUAGAUAGAAUAAGAGAGGCAAUCGAGGGGACUUGAAUCGACCAAAAUUUGAGCUGAAUCGCGACGACGUCGUUUUAUAGCGCAGCAGCAGAGGGAGGGUUUCUUCCAAGUCUAUUUCUUUCUGAAUCUUUGUCACAACUCAGAUUCACUUCCGGACCUUCUUCUUCGUCUCUUACCGAAACGAAACGAAACGAGGCUCUACUGGCGCCGCUGAUCAUCAUCAUCAUUUUCACAGGUUUUCUUUGCUUGUUUUGUACUAAGACAUCCAUCAUCAUCAUCAUCAUCAGGAUGCACCUUAUAUGACAGACAUUUCAGUUGGUAUUGUGAGAGUUGCACACUGUUAGUCUGCACUUAUUGCCAAAUUUACCAUAUAUAGCAUUGCGAGCUUUCAGUGCUAAGUCUUCUAGAAGUGGUUGAGAGUGAUACUUAUUCUUUUGCUUAGGGUCGCGUGCCUGAUUUAGUGGUAUUAAGUAAUUGUUAGCUUUUUCAAGGAUCUUCAUUGUUGAAAAUUAGAGAUGGUUUGUCAAUGCUGUAUAUAGCUAGUGUUGGUUUACGGUUCCCAUAAGUUGAAACUUCUGCUGAAAAAGAAUACCGAUGAACUUGCUGAAUGUAUCAACUAUUUUGUGUUGAACGAAGGGAAAAUGCUACCAAAUUGGAAGAUGCCCCAUUCUAGUUUGAUGCUAAUCUCUUUGGGGCUCACUCUAUUUGUCUUCUUUGAGAAAUCCAGAAGUAAAGAGGGUCUAAACAGUGUGAUAUAAGAACAAAUCAUGGAGCAAGUAUCAGAGAAAAGAUUUCCUUUGGAUGCAAGCGAGUAUAAGUUAUAUGAAGAAGUGGGUGAAGGUGUUAGUGCUAGUGUGUACAGAGCACUCUGCGUACCGCUUAAUGAGAUAGUUGCUAUCAAGGUUCUUGAUCUGGAAAAAUGCAAUAAUGACCUGGAUGGUAUCCGACGGGAGGUACAUACAAUGACUUUGAUCAAUCAUCCAAAUCUAUUACGAGCACAUUGUUCGUUCACAGCUGGCCACAGCCUUUGGGUUGUCAUGCCAUAUAUGGCUGGGGGGUCCUGCCUUCAUAUAAUGAAGACUUCGUUUCCUGAAGGUUUUGAAGAGCCUGUUAUUGCAACUCUAUUGCAUGAGGUCCUCAAAGCUCUUGUUUAUCUUCAUGCUCAUGGCCAUAUCCAUAGAGAUGUGAAGGCUGGGAAUAUAUUGAUCGAUUCUAAUGGUGCAGUCAAGUUAGCUGACUUUGGUGUAUCUGCAUGCAUGUUUGAUACUGGAGAUAGACAACGUUCCAGAAAUACUUUUGUUGGAACUCCUUGCUGGAUGGCUCCUGAAGUUAUGCAGCAAUUGCAUGGAUACGACUUCAAAGCAGACAUCUGGUCAUUUGGAAUAACAGCACUCGAACUUGCCCAUGGACAUGCCCCAUUUUCCAAGUACCCACCAAUGAAAGUUUUGCUGAUGACUUUACAAAAUGCACCGCCAGGCCUUGAUUAUGAAAGAGACAAAAGAUUUUCUAAGUCUUUCAAAGAGCUGGUAGCUGCUUGCUUAGUGAAGGAUCCAAAGAAACGUCCCACUUCUGAAAAGCUUUUGAAGCACCAUUUUUUCAAACAUGCACGACCAGUUGAUUAUCUAUCUCGUACCAUCCUUGAUGGCCUCUCUCCAUUAGGAGAUCGUUUUAGGAUUCUGAAGGCAAAAGAAGCUGAUCUUCUUGUGCAGAAUAAGGCUCUCUAUGGGGAUAAGGAACAUUUGUCGCAGCAAGAGUAUAUCCGAGGAAUCAGUGCCUGGAAUUUCAACCUUGAAGAUUUAAAAAAUCAGGCUGCCCUUAUUCAGGAUGAUGGCACGCCACAUGAAGGGAGUAAGGAGCAAAGUGACAGCUAUGAAGAUGUUAAUUUUCCAACAGAGAGGUCGACGGUUGAAAUGGCAAACCAGUCAAAUGCUGCAUCUAAUCAGGAGGAUGGCUUUGACGAGCUUCAUGAUUUGGACGGCUCACUUGCGUCAUUUCCUAUUAAACCUCUUCGAGCACUCAAAGGCUGUUUUGAUGUUUGUGAGGAGGAUGCGAGUGCGACUAGUCCUACAACCAUUAUUCAAGAAAAUGGAAGAAGUGGGGGUGAGACUUCAGGGAAAAGUAGUUCUUUAUCACGUCAUGAUAUCCCUGAGCCUAAGAAGUUCAUGAGUGGUUCAUUACUCCCGGAUAAUGUGCUUUCUUCUAAAAAGGUUAUUGGUGAAGGGGAGAGGGAUCAUCUACAAUCAAAACAUCAACCUGAACGGAACUUUAGUGGUCCAUUGUUGUAUCGUCAAAAGAGAGAUGCCAAUAACCCUACAUCUGCUGAGGAUAUGUCUGAAGGAGCAGUUGUGCAGCGUAAGGGGCGCUUCAAGGUCACUUCAGCAGACCUCAGUCCCAAGGGUUCUUCAAAUAGCUUCUUUAGUCCUGUUUCUGGAGGUUCAAGUAGUCCACCAUCCUCAAAUGUUACAGCUGCCACUGUUCUCCCAUCACUACAAUGCAUGCUGCUGCAAAACACCUCGCAAAGGGAGGAAAUAGUAAAAUUGAUCAAAUAUGUUGAACAGACCUCCGGUAUGCAAGGAGAGAUAACCGAUGUAAGCACCAGUGACCUUUUGCAGAUACCUCCUGCUUCCUGUAGGGAGAGAGAGUUGCAAUCUCUGGUGAUUAAUCUGCAACAGAGUGUUGGGAAUCUUGUUGAACAAUUACAAAGACAGAAGAUGAAAAAUGCCCAGUUAGAAAGACAAUUGAAUGCCUUGGCCAACAAAGACAAGAUAUGAGAAACAGAAGUGAAGUGUGAUGGGGAUGUCGUGUCAUGUCAUGUGCAAAGUCCACAGCUGCCACCCAAACAGUUUCGGCUAACAGAUGGAAACUUUUACAGAAAGAAAAUGGAGCGUGAUGGCGCUGUUGUGGCCAUUGGCGGGAUGAUUUCUUUGGUGCCAGUGAUGUUACAUGGAGUCUGCAAGAUUCUUCUGAAUUAUAGGAGCAAUUUUUAUUAUUUGUUUUUUGGUGGGUUGUAUUCUAGUGUAACAUAUGUGUGAAUGUGUGUUAGUGCAGUUAUUCAAAUUUUGAGAAUCCUAUUUCCUGAAUCUCAUUGUGUAACAUAAUUUAUUGACCCGAUCUUGUAAAUUAUUUUGCAUUUCAGUUCUC